UCUCAGUUGUCUGUUAACAACAAUGGGUUUCAACCAAGUGGGGUUUGGUGUAGUGUUGUUUUUGGCAGUUAGCUUGUCAGUAGCACAAUGGCCAGGAUGGAGGAAUGUUCCUGUUGGGCUUCAAUCUAACAAACCAGGUCAUCCUUCACUGCAAGUGAGUGCUGGAUUGCCUUCUCAGUGGGCACAAAAUGAUCCCCAGAGUGGAAGCUCUGCAGUAGCCCCACUUGGAUUGCACCUUCAAAAUCCUUCAGAUGCUCAAGACCAGCAAGUAAAGCAGAGGCCAGUGAAGAAACUGACUUGGCAUUUUCCAGCAGCACCAGUGAACUUUGUGAGACCGUUUAAUGCUGUUCCUACCCAGAGAGUAACAGCAAUGUGCAAUGAGCCUGCAGUGUAUAUAGACGUGAGAAAAGAUCUGUUCAGUACUAGUGCACCCCUCAAUAUUGCUGCUCUCACACUGGCAGGCUAUGCUGCCAAAGGGGUGGCUGUUUCUUCUCAAGUCCCUGUCUAUGAAUCACUAUUGCAUGGCUGCAACAGCAAGUUGAAGGUGACUGCAAAUGAGCUGGUCUAUAUCUUCACUCUUGGUAUUGCCUCAGUGCCCUUAAGUAAUGCUCCCAUUUUAAAAAGUCCUGGUGCUAUGGCUUUCGUUGAGUGUCACUAUCCGAGAUUCCACAAUGUGAGCAGCAAUGCUCUCCUGCCUGCUUGGAUUCCAUAUGCUUCUGCUCAAGCUGCUGAGGAACAUCUCAUUUUCUCCUUGAGGCUCAUGAUGGCUGACUGGAUAUCUGAAAGGCCUUCCAACUACAAUUACCACCUGGGAGAGCUUAUAAAUAUUGAGGCAUGGGUAGUGCAGUUCAACCAUGUGCCCCUGCGUGUCCUUGUAGACAGCUGUGUGGCCACUGCUGUUCCUGAUAUAAAUGCAGUCCCCAGAUAUUCCUUCAUUGAGAACCAUGGGUGUUUGAUUGAUGCCAAGCUUACGCACUCCAGUUCCUGCUUCAUGCCCCAGACUCAAGCAGCUAAGCUGGGGUUUCAGAUGGUGGCAUUCAAGUUGCAGCAAGUGACUAGUAGCUGGGUCUACAUUAUGUGCACCUUGAAGGCAACAGCAGCUUCUGCCCCUCCUGAUGCUGAGCACAAAGCUUGCUCACUUCCUGGUGAUGGGUAUGUUCCUAUGACCCUAAUAUGGUACAGUGCUGAUGAGCUGUGACCACUAAAGCAUUAUGAUAUCUUCCUAGAUGAACUGCUGCAUAUGGUGCUGACCAGGUGUGCAGCUGUUGCAACAGCCACUGCAGCUUGAGGAAGGGAUGAGAUCAAUUGGGCAAAGGUACAGUGGAAGUGUUCAUCUGGCAAUCCUUGUGCUGUGUUUGAGGGAAAAGUUGCAAUGUGUAAUUCCCCCAUCUACAACUGGUAAAAGGCACUGAAAAUGCCCUGCCAUCAUAAAAGUUGAACUCUGUAGUCUUCUCAGCUACUUCUCAAGGAAGUUCCUUCCCUGUUUGGAGUAACAUCAAGUCAGCAUGGCCACUCACACUGAACAGCGUGCUGUACUGCUUCUAUACUUCCAAGUUAGUUUAUAGCAGUAUUUGCUUUAGAUCAAUUAAUGCACAGUACAUGGUUAAAGCUAUAAAACCAAUUGCAGUCUUGAAAAGGUAAUCCUCAAUGUUGUAGCUAAUGUUGGCUGGCUAGCUUGUUCCCAAUGCUGCUUGUUGUCCCCUGACUACACUACAUGCUGUGGCCUGCUGUUGUGCUGUACUGCAAGGUCAGUCCAAUUGUUGCAAGAAUGUUGGUUCACUAUAGUAGAACAGUACCAGCAGUCACUCAGGGGUGUAACAGAGUCCAGUUAAAGUGGCUUUUUUUAGGAGCUACAUGCUUUUGUGUUGGGCUCCAUAGUGUAUUUUAUAAAUGAUGUUGCAACUUGCAAGGCACCCUGAAUCCAGCAUUAAUGAACCCUAGGGAUCCAGUGGCUUGUGUAAUGCUCGCCUUGUUUCAACACAUGACUUCAUGAAGGUUUUCACUGGAUGAGGUGUUCUGUAUUCUGUGGAGUCUGGGAUUUGGAACCAUGUGUCUUUGUACCACCUAAUACCAGGGGACUUCAUGGUUUUCUUUAAAGCCCCCCUUUUUUUUUUUUUUUUUUCCCUUUUUUUUUUUUUUUUUUUUUUUUUUUUUUUUUUUUUUUUUGGGGUAUACUACUGAACUUUGUCUGCUUUUUCCUUCUAGGGUACCAGCUGGCAACACAAGUAACCAUUGGGCUGAUCGUGGUUGAGGAAGUGUUUGACUUGUUUUGAAAUAAAAUGUUUUAUUAAAUUUGCAGUUGUGACUUAAAUCAAGACUGAGGCUAGCCAUAGCCUUUAAUCAAUGUUCAUUAAGUGCUCCAUGAAUUUAAUAAAUAUGCAAGUGUACAGGCAUUCUUAUAAAAGUGGACAGUGAAUGUGUAGAAUGUACAGAUCCACUAGCAUGAGCCAGUCUUGUAGCUUAUCACAAACAAUAAGCCUUCUGUUGUAGGUAUUCUUUAAAACAAGACCAGUUGGCAACAAAUGGGGUCUAUUCCAGAGAGCAGGUUAUGAGGCUUACCUGGGUACGUUUACUCCAAGUAAAUGGAUCACCUCCACCAUCAGUUCUAAAAACAUAACUUUUAGGAUAUCCAGCCAUACCAAUCACUCUCUGAACAUGACCUGCUCUUAAGCAGGUUAUGUUUCCAAAGAGCUAACGGAGCAGGGCCUACCCUUUUGAAGCAUGUCCUGUGGACAAGGAAGCAAAGAUUAUACAAAAUCUCUUCCACUGUGAGUGGGUGAUAGCUGUUUUUGUAUCCGGAUGAAUAUUUCAGUAGCGUUACCAUUUUUCACGUGAAUCAUUGAUUUUUAUUUGACAAACCUUUUGAACCUUCACAUCACCAACGUGACCCAUCGUGGAUCAGUGCUUAACACUGAGCACGUCUUUAUGCAGUGUUUUUCCCAGAGGGAGUUUUCUGUACAAUGUCGGCGAUGCAGAGCAUGUGGGUAAGGUAACUGUGUGUAGGGCCAUUCGUGUACGGUACGCCUGACACUCCAAGGGUUCAACACACUCUUGUGCAGGGCCCUGGCAAUUUCAUAUUUCCCCAAAUGUGAUUAGGUGCAUUGAUGUUCCUAUUAGAGCUCCUUCAGUGAAUGAAGGAGACUGUUAAUAUGGAAUGACUUCCUAGCAGCAAUGUGCAGCUAACAAUAGAAUAUUGGGUGCUGAAUCAAAGUUUAACUAAUUAAAUUCAACACAUUACUGGUCCCUACUAACUAGAAAAUGUGGCUCAACCCACCUCAUUACCAAAAUGGAAGGGAAAUGACCAGGGUCUUUACCCAAUACCAGAAUAUUUUGAGGCCCCCUACUCUUUAUGAAGAUGAUCAAAAGGAACCCCCUGUUAACCCAGUGGACUAGAGCUUGCAGGUUGUUACAAGAUGUGAUCUGCCAAAAUCACUUCUUAUUAAAAGACUAAUGCCCAAAAUAAACAGUCAAGUGUGGCUCAUUGUUUCCUGUAAUUGAAAGAUAUUUGUAUUUAUUGCUUUACCGUUCAGCAAUAAAUGACAAUAAUCAUUAGGCAAAUAUGGCCUUUAUUUACGUUCACCUUUUUUCCUCCAUUUGGAGUUAUAGAAGGAACAUCUCCAUGUCAGUUUUCUCAUUUG